UUCGUUGUUGGAAACUGUUUUGCUUUAGCCUUGACCUUGCUUGCUAUUACACACAGAGACAGAGUGCUUCAAUUUGCGCUUGUUUUUGGAUCUUCGGACGACUUGAGUAAGGAUGUCUUACGCGUAUCUGUUCAAGUACAUCAUCAUCGGAGAUACUGGAGUAGGCAAAUCGUGCCUUCUUCUUCAGUUCACCGACAAACGCUUCCAGCCAGUGCACGAUUUGACUAUCGGUGUUGAGUUUGGAGCUAGGAUGAUCACCAUCGACAACAAACCAAUCAAACUCCAAAUUUGGGACACGGCAGGUCAAGAGUCAUUUAGAUCCAUCACACGAUCCUACUAUAGAGGAGCUGCUGGCGCUUUGCUUGUCUAUGACAUCACCAGGAGGGAAACUUUUAAUCACUUGGCUAGCUGGCUAGAGGAUGCGAGACAGCAUGCAAAUGCAAAUAUGACCAUAAUGUUAAUUGGGAAUAAGUGUGAUCUUGCUCAUAGACGUGCUGUGAGCACAGAGGAAGGAGAGCAAUUUGCAAAGGAACAUGGAUUGAUCUUCAUGGAGGCCUCAGCUAAAACUGCUCAGAAUGUUGAGGAGGCAUUCAUAAAAACUGCUGCCACCAUAUAUAAGAAGAUUCAAGAUGGUGUUUUUGAUGUAUCAAAUGAGUCUUAUGGCAUAAAAGUCGGAUAUGGAGGGAUUCCAGGACCAUCAGGAGGCAGAGAUGGGUCUUCCUCUCAAGCUGGAGGCUGUUGCAGUUGAAGUUUGAUCCCAUUUGCCAUGUUUAUCUGGGUGUCUUUUACAUUCUUUGUUUGUUUUAUUGGUUAAAUCUGAAGAUUUACGACCAUCUUUAUUUACAUAAAUUGACAUACCUGUAUAAUUUCCUUUAUGUCUCGUCUUUAAUUGUAAAUUUGACAGUUUGAAGUGGUAUUAUUGAAGUAAAACUGCAUAUUGUGAAUACACAAGAAGUUAUCUUUGUUUU